GAUUGGAGGAUCGCUAUGACCUACGAGCGGAUUUUCUUUAUCAGCUUGGAGAUGGUGGUGUGUGCCAUUCACCCGGUACCCGGGCGCUACAUAUUCCACUGGAAAGCCCGCCUGGCAUUCUCCUACACACUGUCCGAGACCUGGGCUGAUGUGGACAUCAUCCUCUCCAUUCCAAUGUUUCUUCGGCUCUACCUCAUCGCCCGGGUUAUGUUGCUUCACAGUAAGCUCUUCACAGACGCCUCCUCGCGCAGCAUCGGGGCGCUGAACAAAAUCAAUUUCAACACACGCUUCGUCAUGAAAACUCUCAUGACCAUCUGCCCGGGCACGGUGCUCCUCGUCUUCAGCAUUUCAUUGUGGAUUAUUGCAGCCUGGACAGUCCGUGUCUGUGAGAGGUAAGGGUGGCAGGCAGUUGGGCGUUUGGCUGUGGGCAUAGGCAUACGCAUGGACUUGGUGAGGUAGGGGAAAGUCAGUGCUCCAUUCACUCCCACACCUUGUGGGAACGGGCCCCCAUUAUCCCCCAAUCCAUGUGGGAGCGAGUCCCGCAUUCUAACCCACACCAGGUGGGAGCGUGUCCCCCAUUCUAACACACACCAGGUGGGAGCGUGUCCCCCAUUCUAACCCACACCAGGUGGGAGCGUGUCCCCCAUUCUAACACACACCAGGUGGGAGCGAGUCCCCCAUUCUAACACACACCAGGUGGGAGCGAGUCCCCCAUUCUAACACACACCAGGUGGGAGCGAGUCCCCCAUUCUAACACACACCAGGUGGGAGCGAGUCCCCCAUUCUAACACACACCAGGUGGGAGCGAGUCCCCCAUUCUAACACACACCAGGUGGGAGCGUGUCCCCCAUUCUAACACA